CAAAAAUGUAGACAGAAAUGGGCGAAAAAACAGCUACCAGUCCCGAUGUAGACAGAAACCACCUCAAAAUAGCCCAGACAUGGCUACCAUCUCUUCAUGGAGACAGAUCAGUAGUAUCUUCUCGUUCCACCACGAUGCCUCUAUGUUCUCACCGUUUUCCGCUUCCAGGCUCGCCUUCAACAUGCACGCUCGACACCGUGAUUGCUCCCCUGCCUUCACUUUGCCUGAUUAUCGCUUUCUCUUUGCUCUCUUUCCAACUCGUCAAGGUGCAGGGAAUCGCAAAUGGUUUUCAGAGGCUCCCUUAUCCCAUAUGGGUGCAUUUCAUCUACAUGUCCCUGAUUCUCGCUGCCCUCGGAAUGACCUUGUUGGAAAUUGCGCGUUUGGUGGCGGAAGGGAUGGGCGUCGGCCUUUUGCCAUUGAAUAGCAUAGGAUUGCUCCUCGUCCUCCAUAUUUUGUGGCAAGAAAGGAGGGUCAGAACGAGAGAAAUACUUCAGCUUCUCUCUGCCUACUGGCUCUUCUUGGCCAUUGUAGAAACGGUUAAAACUGUCAGAUUGCACACACUGGAACAAAACAACCCGAAUGACCUAGAAGGUUCAAAGUAUCCAAGCGCCGAUCAGCUUUUGGACAAUGUGGUCAUGCUAGCACUAUAUGUACUCUUCCUGUGUUUCGAGCCCGUCACGCUGUUCUUGUCGCGACGCGAGAAGCCCGCACCAUUCGAGUUGCAUGGUGUUUUACUAUCCGAUCACUAGCCUCAACUCCCAGCGCUCCUGUAUCAUUACCUUGAUUAUAAUGCACGUCGCCGAUUCACGCAUCUGUUACACAACUCAUAAAAACAUCGA